AAACGAAACUACUCCCAACCCAAAUCUAAAUCCAACUCCUCAUCCAUUAAGAACAGUUCGAAUCCAAUCAUCAUUAGUCUCUUCUUCCUCUAUUUAUCCAUCUCCACGUAAUUAAUCUGAUCCAUUAAUUACUUAAUUACCUGUCCCUCGCCGUUAAUUACUUCUUGGAUGACCCACCACGCCAUAACAAACAACAAGAGAUCGAUCUCCCGUUCCUUCUUCGACAACUCCACCAUCGCCUCCUCCUCCUCCAUGGAGCGUUUCCCGGCCGGGGCCGAUGUCAACGGCGACUCCCCCGCCGGCAGUCCCAGCAAAGACCCCCCCUUCCUCUGCCGCGCCCGCGCCCUGGACUCCUUGGACGCCGUCAAGCAGCGCGCCUACCGAUUCGACGGCCUCGGCAACUACGUCGACAAGGCCUGGGACCUCUCCGAGGCUGCCGCCUGCCCGAAGGAGUUCCACUGGUACCACGUUGAGCUCCCUCGCGGCAAUGUCAAGGGCUUCCGCAACCCGCGGCUCGCCGUCUCCACCCAGUGCCUCAUCGACGCCCUCUGCCCGCCCCUCAAGUUGCAGGACAUCCUCGCCCUCUCCAGCAAUGGGCCCUUCUGCGCCCACGUCGACGGCGCGCUCAUCUUCCGCAUCAACUCCCCCGGCCCCGCCGCCUCCGACUUCACCCUCCGCCUCGCCGCCCGCGUCACCGAGUCCUCCGUCAUCACCGUCUCCCUCGGCCGCGUGCCCCGCCUCGGAUUCUCCCCCACCGGCCAGUCCCUGCUCUCCGAGAUUCCCAAGGUCGAGCGUUGCAGCGGAGACGACGAUGGCGCCUCGGACAAGGCGGACGGCGAGUCCGGCAGGGUCGUCAUUCCGGUGCACGUCCUCGAGUUCUUGCUCACCAUGAACCAUUCGGAGGAGGCCGACAACCCGGUGCCCCGGAGCGUGUCCAAUCUGCUGGUUCAUAUAGUCGACACUCAUGUGGAUCAUCUGCAGGACAUUGUCACCAGGCUUGAGAUGGAAUUGGAUUCGGUCGAGCUUGAAUUGGAUAGAGGGGGUUCCUUACUAAAGAAACAAAUGCUGGACGACCGAAGAUUCCCAAAGAUGCAUCUGAACUUGCAACGUCUUCUACAGGUAGUUUCUCAUGGGGAGCAAGUGUUCCCACGUGUUAAAGAGAAGUGUGCAACCAAGAGUUGGUUUGCAAAUGAAGAUAUCAUUGCUCUAGAAGAGCUAAUUAGUCGUCUUAGGAGGCUAAAAGAGAACUUGGGAUUUAUUGUAAAUCGUGUCACAGCAGUUCAGGCAGGUCUCGAUAGUUGGCAGUCAGAGCAAAUAAACAGAAAGCUGUACUAUCUUUCUUUUCUCUCAAUCAUCUUUCUUCCAUUGUCUAUAGUCACUGGAAUUUUUGGAAUGAAUGUAGGAGGUGUACCAUGGACUGGACAAAGAGAUCCUGAAUUACAGGAUGGGUUUAUUAAUGUCAUGAUCCUGUGCGCCAUGGUAGUGUUUCUUCUUCUGUUAUGCUUCAUCUUCCCAUCUCUUUAUGCACAUAUAUCUGCUUGGCAAAGAAAACAUUCCUUGAAAUGGAGUUGGUCUAUCAAUGGAAAAUCAUUCUUGCGAAGAAAUCCUCCAAAUGGCAUUCGAAGGAUUUCGGCAAACGGAUGUUGGAGAAGUGAUUACUUGCCCAUCUAGAAAGAUAUUUGAGCCCUUGAGUGAAUUUUCCAUCUCCAGCCUCUUGGAGGUGCUCUCUUAGCACUUCUUCGGCAUGAAUAACUAGAGAAAGAUUCCUUGAAUUUAUUUGUAAAAAUAAAACUGUUCGAGAAGCAUAAUUCUCAAAUCGGAAGCAUGGAAAGGGUUCGCGGCUGAUGUACAGUUAUCAAUGGAAACAAAGAUCAUUAUGCUGUAGUCCUUGAGAAUUAGUUAUUCAUUAUUGUUCGAGGAUCA